AUGAUGUCCUAUGGAGACAGAGUGGGGGGACCAGCUGUCUCCCCACUUCCAGUCCGUGGGAGACACAUGGUGCACGGGGCAGCCUUUGCUUACGUUCCCAGUCCACAAGUCCUGCACAGGAUUCCAGGGACAUCCACCUAUGCGUUCUCCAGUCUGAGCCCGGUGACCCUCACAGAGCACAGCUGUCCCUAUGGAGAAGUCCUGGAAUGUCAUGACCCACUACCUGCCAAGCUGGCCCAGGAAGAGGAACAAAAGCCAGAUGGGACAGAGCCCAGGCUGCCCCAGAAGCUGCGCCAGGUUGGCACAAAGCUCCUCAAGGUACCGCUGAUGUUGAGCUUCCUGUACCUCUUUGUCUGCUCCCUGGACGUGCUCAGCUCCGCCUUCCAGCUAGCCGGAGGGAAGGUGGCUGGUGAUAUCUUCAAGGACAAUGCCAUCCUGUCCAACCCAGUGGCAGGGCUGGUAGUGGGGAUUCUGGUGACAGUACUGGUUCAGAGCUCCAGCACCUCAACAUCCAUCAUUGUCAGCAUGGUCUCCUCUGGCUUGUUGGAGGUGAGCUCUGCCAUUCCGAUCAUCAUGGGCUCCAACAUUGGAACCUCAGUCACCAACACCAUCGUGGCCCUAAUGCAGGCAGGGGACAGGACUGACUUCCGGCGGGCUUUUGCAGGUGCCACAGUGCAUGACUGCUUUAACUGGCUGUCUGUUCUGGUCCUGCUGCCCCUGGAGGUUGCCACGGGCUACCUGCAUCACGUCACCAGGCUCGUGGUUGCCUCCUUCAACAUCCAUGGUGGCCAAGAUGCUCCUGACCUUCUCAAGGUCAUCACAGAACCCUUCACAAAGCUCAUCAUCCAGCUGGACAAGUCUGUCAUCACCAGCAUUGCUGUGGGGGAUGAGUCCCUGAGGAAUCAUAGCCUCAUCCGGAUUUGGUGCCACCCAGACCCACCAAAGGCUCCCGCUUCUAUGUCCAGGACAGAGGCCAACAUCAGCCUUGCAAAUACCACCAUGGAGAAAUGCAACCAUAUCUUUGUGGACACGGGGCUGCCUGACUUGGCCGUGGGGCUCAUUCUGCUGGCUGGCUCCCUGGUGGUCCUGUGCAGUUGUCUUAUUCUCCUUGUCAAGAUGCUCAACUCUCUGCUCAAGGGCCAAGUGGCCAAUGUCAUCCAGAAGGUCAUCAAUACGGACUUUCCAACCCCCUUCACCUGGGUCACAGGCUACUUUGCCAUGGUCGUUGGUGCCAGCAUGACCUUCGUGGUCCAGAGCAGUUCUGUGUUCACCUCAGCCAUCACCCCACUCAUUGGCCUGGGUGUGAUCAGCAUUGAGCGUGCCUACCCUCUCACACUGGGCUCCAACAUUGGCACCACCACAACAGCCAUCCUGGCAGCACUGGCCAGCCCCAAGGAGAAGCUAUCAAGCUCCUUUCAGAUUGCCCUCUGCCACUUCUUCUUCAACAUCUCGGGCAUCUUGCUGUGGUACCCACUGCCCUGCACACGCCUGCCCAUCCGCAUGGCCAAGGCACUGGGCAAACGCACCGCCAAGUACCGCUGGUUCGCCGUCCUUUACCUCCUCGUGUGCUUCCUGCUUUUGCCUUCCCUGGUGUUUGGCAUUUCCAUGGCAGGCUGGCAGGCUAUGGUCGGUGUGGGCACACCCUUUGGGGCCCUGCUGGCCUUUGUGGUGCUUGUGAAUGUCCUGCAGAGCCGAAGUCCUGGGCACCUACCCAAGUGGCUGCAGACAUGGGACUUCCUGCCCCGAUGGAUGCACUCUUUGCAGCCCCUGGAUGGCCUUAUCACACGAGCCACCUUGUGCUAUGCCAGGCCUGAGCCCCGUUCACCCCAACUUCCCCCUAGAGUCUUCCUGGAGGAGCUUCCCCCUGCCACGCCCUCUCCUCGCCUUGCUCUGCCUGCUCACCACAAUGCCACCCGUCUUUAG